CAUGGAAGUUAGUUUACUCUGUGCCCCGAAAAACGGUGCCAAAACCCGAAUGCUGCUUUAUGCCAAUUGAAGCUAAAAGAGAGUUCAGAGCUUCCUCGCCGCGAAAGCACUCGGCCAUAGCAUCUCAUUCCUCAAACGCAAACUAAACUAAAUAAAAUGAUCAUGUCACGUCUGCUUCGUUCACACUCAUCGUUCCCAAGACUACAGAUGAGGUCUAAGGGUCGAAUUUCCUUCGGUGCAAACAAUUCAUUUGGGCUAGCCCGCCGAUGAAGCUAGAGUAUUACCCGAUCCGUGUAGAAGGGGCGCUUUACACAGGUUCAAAUAUGGUAGGUGAAUCCUUGAAAGCUGAGGAAGCAGAGACAGUAACGGUCACACCACCUCCAACAGAGAAGCUACUCGUUUUGGGUGGAAAUGGAUUUGUUGGCUCACACGUAUGUAGAGAAGCUAUGGAGCAUGGUUUGACUGUUUCUAGCCUUAGCAGGUCCGGGAGGUCAUCUGUACAUGAUUCUUGGGCUGACAGCGUGGUCUGGCAUCAAGGAGAUCUGCUGUCACCUGAAUCAAUGAAGCAUGCAAUGAAUGGAGUGACCUCUGUGAUCUCUUGUGUUGGAGGUUUUGGCUCAAACUCUCAUAUGCAUAGGAUCAAUGGAACUGCAAAUAUAAAUGCUAUUGAAGCUGCUGCUGAGCAAUGUGUAAAAAGAUAUAUAUAUAUCUCUGCUGCUGACUUUGGUUUGAUAAAUUACUUACUGAAAGGAUAUUAUGAGGGGAAGAGAGCAACCGAAAAGGAGCUAAUGAUUAAAUUCCCCUAUGGAGGUGUAAUUCUUCGGCCAGGUUUCAUACAUGGGACUCGCCAGGUUGGGCGCAUGAAGUUGCCUCUAAGUCUAAUUGGGGCUCCAUUGGAGAUGGUUCUGCGAUAUGCAAAACCGCUAACCAGAAUCCCUCUAGUUGGUCCACUUUUUACUCCUCCAGUCAAUGUGACUUCAGUGGCAAAGGUUGCUGUAAGAGCUGCAAUAGAUCCAGCAUUUCCUCCUGGAAUUGUUGACGUAUAUGGUAUACUACAAUAUGGAGAACAAAAGUCAGGCUAACCAUUGUUAGGUAUUCUGAAUCGUUUCCUCGAGUAUAAGAUCUCUGCGACUGAGCUACCCACGUCUCUUAGUGGAAUAGGAUUCUUAAAUCUUGAUGCUGUUCCUGAUUAAGGCAACUAUCUCUUAAAUUCUAAUUGAUGCAUUUUUUGAGAUGUUUAUGUGGAUGAAGCAAUAAUAUGUGUCAGUUUGGCACAUUGGUAUUUUUUUU